AUGAGAUCCUUAGGUAUAUGUCAUCCUGAUGACGAUGGAUCGCCACCGGGCAGAAGCGUGGUAUUCUACGCUACUAAUGAUGACUACUAUCGAAAUGUUGUCAUCCUCUCACAGUUACACCAACUUGCGUCAAACGUACUUGCUGAUUUGAGUUUAAUUUUAGUAAGGAUUACUGGUUUUAAGGCGAAUUACGGAUCUGACGAAGAGCAGCGGACGGAGUGUAAAAAAUUAUUGGAUGAAGUUAAAGACAUCAUGAAGACCACUAAAGAGUACGUCGCUAUAGAAUUGAUGUUUGAACAAUACCGCACCACGAUCUGUGAAUUACUAAGGUCGAAAUCGUCGCCAAUAUGCUCGCAUACAGCCCGUGAACUUUUGAGUAAGGUGGAGCAGAGCUUCAAAAGUAAAGAACGGUUGGUGUGCAACGUGCUAGAAAGCGACAUUGUAGGGGAGUAUACAAUCAAGAUGCUAGAGGCGAAAGAGUUCGUACGAAGACAUAAGGCUCAACUAUCAACGCCAUCCCAAUCUCAUGAUCAGGCGUCAUCGAGUUUUAGUACUAAAAACUCCGAUGCAUCAGAUGGUGAGAAGUAUGAGGAACCUAUGAAAUCUCAUGACACUACCGUGGAUUCCGACAUUAUAUCUCACUGGUCACCAAAAACUUCUGUUGGAACAACACCGAAUGCGCCCACUCCCACGCGAGAGGCGACAGAACAGAAUGCAGCCGCAAACGAAGGUAAUGCGUCGGGUAAUGAAGUUGAUUCACAAUCUACAUACGUCUUCGGACCUACGUCCGCACUGCGGCGUCGUCAAGCUUCAUCAGCGGAUGUCACAAAAUGGAUUAAGGGUAUGCAAGCUGUAGCUGUGCUGUUUCUAAUAAUGGCUAUUUGA